CAAGUUAGGGCACGUACGGAGGCGGCGCUCGGCUACGGUCAGCGGAGUUUUGGUCGCCGCCUUCGAGAACCCUCACUCGGAGCCAGUCGUGGUAGACAGAGUCAUGGCAGAGCUUUUGAAGAAAGGAUUCCCUGAACCGGUGGAGGGGAAAGGCGUGAAGGAGGGGCUGAAGGCCAAGGAAGUGAAGGAGAACGCCAACGCGGAGAGGGCGCAGAGCGACGACAAGACCAAGGGGGGCAUGGACAAGUUAUCCGUCAACGCCGAGGGGCAGAAGCAGCCGAAUCCGGUUGUCUUCAACAACGACAGCGGCGUCGUGGCGUCGCACAAACCGGUAAAGAAGCAAAUCCAGUUCGCAGAUGAAAAACAGGAGUUCAGCAAGUUCCCCACCAAAACCGGCCGGCGGUCUCUGUCGCGAUCCAUCUCUCAGUCUUCCACAGACAGUUACAGCUCAGCGGCUUCCUAUACAGAUAGUUCAGACGAUGAGACAUCACCCAGAGACAAGCAGCAAACUAACUCGAAGAACAGCAGUGACUUUUGUGUAAAGAACAUCAAGCAGGCAGAGUUUGGACGCAGAGAAAUUGAAAUUGCAGAGCAAGAGAUGUCAGCUCUUGUUGCACUUAGGAAACGAGCUCAGGGUGAAAAACCACUAGCUGGAGCUAAAAUUGUCGGCUGUACCCACAUCACUGCCCAAACAGCGGUCCUAAUUGAAACUCUGGGAGCUCUUGGAGCACAGUGUCGCUGGGCUGCCUGUAACAUCUACUCCACGCAGAAUGAAGUUGCAGCUGCCCUUGCUGAGGCUGGAUUUGCUGUGUUUGCUUGGAAGGGCGAGUCAGAAGAUGAUUUCUGGUGGUGCAUCGAUUGCUGUGUGAACAUGAACGGUUGGCAACCAAAUAUGAUUCUGGAUGAUGGUGGAGAUUUGACUCACUGGGUGUAUAAGAAAUAUCCCAAUGUGUUUAAGAAGAUCAGAGGCAUUGUAGAGGAAAGUGUAACAGGUGUUCACAGAUUGUAUCAGUUGUCCAAAGCAGGCAAGCUCUGUGUCCCAGCCAUGAAUGUAAAUGACUCUGUUACCAAACAAAAGUUUGAUAAUCUCUACUGCUGCAGAGAAUCCAUCUUAGAUGGGUUAAAGCGAACAACAGACGUCAUGUUUGGUGGAAAGCAAGUUAUUGUCUGUGGGUAUGGAGAGGUUGGCAAAGGCUGCUGUGCAGCUCUAAAGGCUCUUGGCGCUAUAGUGUACGUGACAGAAAUUGAUCCAAUUUGUGCUCUGCAAGCUUGUAUGGAUGGGUUUCGUGUGAUGAAACUGACCGAAGUCAUACGACAAGGAGAUCUGAUCAUUACUUGCACAGGUAACAAGAAUGUUGUUACUAGAGAGCUACUUGACCGAAUGAAAAAUGGGUGCAUUGUCUGCAAUAUGGGUCAUUCCAACACAGAAAUUGAUGUGGCUAGCCUGCGUACACCUGAACUAACCUGGGAACGUGUGAGGUCUCAAGUUGAUCAUGUGAUCUGGCCGGAUGGGAAACGUGUUGUACUUUUAGCUGAGGGUCGUCUCCUUAACUUGAGCUGUUCAACUGUGCCUACAUUUGUGCUUUCAAUCACAGCGACUACUCAGGCACUGGCUCUGAUCGAGCUCUACAAUGCCCCGGAGGGCCGCUACAAGCAAGAUGUGUAUCUUCUGCCCAAGAAGAUGGAUGAGUAUGUUGCCAGUUUGCACCUGCCAACUUUUGAUGCCCACUUGACAGAAUUGACUGAUGAUCAGGCAAAAUAUCUUGGCCUGAACAAAAAUGGACCUUUCAAACCUAAUUAUUACAGGUAUUAGAUGGACCAGUAUUCAAAUGAUUGAAAUCAGGAUCAAGUUGUCCGAAGCCUCAGUAGAAGAAUGCAGAGUAGGAGCCAGCCCAGAUGUUUAAAUGCUCCCUAAAUGUAUUUGAAGAGCAUUUCUACACAUCUGGGCAUCAUUUCUUUAACAGCCUGGUCUUUUGCUUGUAUUCCCUUUUUAUUCUAAUUUUAAAUGUGUUUUGAUUUCUGAUUGACUGCCGAGAGAUAUAACUGUCUUACCACAUUGUGACAGACUGUCUCCAUGAAAUCACUUGAACUUGUAUAUGAUUGUACUGUAAUAAUUUAAAAAAUAUCUUUGUUUGCUCUGUAUCUUAUUCGUUUUAAUCCACAACUUGAGCUUAAAGCUCAGUUUGAUCUUUUCCAGAGGAUGUUCUUGUUUUUACUAUGUUUUUAAAAAUCUGUUCAUGGUGGCCAUUGAAUCCUAUUGAUGAUUGCCAGCAUAGUUGAACCACACUCAUGUGUUCUCCAGAACCAGCGCUGACUGUAAUAAAUGAUGAGCAUCAAGUUUUAAACCUGAUUCAGUCCUAAAGCAGCUGUAAAUAUCACUGUGUUACCAAAACAAAAUGUUUUGUGUGAAAGUUUCAGUUUGCUUCCCUUUCUCUAUGUAGUGUUACCCUUGUCUGCUUUACUAUAUUGGCACCAUUAAAUACUACACUUCAGAUCGUGAAUCAUUACCAAUCAGGUGAGGAAAAUUAAAGCUUGCAUCUGUUGACUCAAUUGGGAAAAUAAUUUCGAAGCAUCACUAUUCUAAUCCUGGUCAGUUAUAUUUUGACAAAAUCAAACUAGAAUAAGAUUAGUGCCAUAUGGAGUUUGUGGCCUCUGGGUGAGUCCUGAUGACUUACUGUUC